AUGGAAAAGUCGAAACACGACCCUCAGACCAUCCAGGAACACCACGAUGACUAUGUUGGGAGCGCCGGCCAGCACAGCACGAUUAUGAUGUCUGCGGAAUUGGGAGCAGUGGAAACAUGGCGGGGAGGAUGCUGCGAUGGAAGCAGGGACGAGGACGAGCGACAUUCGAUCAGGGCCUGGUCCCGCGGUCGCUCGUUGUCGACAUUUCGGAAUCGGGGCCAAACGGCUGGUGUACCGGCUUCUUGCACUACACGGCGGCAGACUCGCUCUCUCUCAGCGUUGGCAUACCUCUUGACCAUAGUUGUUGCCAGUCUCUGGAUUGUGCCGGCCGGUGCAGUCUUCAUCGACUUCCAAAAUUGUCUCUCGGAUUCGGUCCAGCACGAUGAACCGAUACAACUGCAGUUCGUUCCGAUGUUUAUGGAUGCUGUUUUCAACACCACAGCCCCAAGCCAUAAUCUACAAGUGAGGGUAUGGGGGAACGUCACCGGAUCGGGCCCUACGACUAAAGUCCUUCUGCCGCCGCCAGAGGAUCCAUAUUGGGGGAGCAAUGAUUCCAACCGUGGGGGAAAGAUUAUAAAUAUCCCGGAUCCCACACUGGCGAGCCCGAAACUCACAACGCUGUUCAGCAAGGUCAAUGUCCUUACUUACGAGCCGUGGAGUGACUCCGUCGAUUUCUGCGGCCAGCUGGAGAACGGGUCAUGUCCCCUUGGGCCCAACUGGAGAGCCGACCCGGAGAGGCCAGACGGAUUAGCGUCAUUCGGCUUCUCGAAUAACUUCUACUCGUCAUAUGCGUUUACCUCCUUCAGUACAACCCUCAUGAUCAAAUAUGGCGAUCCGGAUGCUACGCCUGUUGGUUGCGUUUCAGGGACCAUCACACCGGAUAUUGGGAGCGGCCUCACUAGAGUUACUACGUUUAUCCCCAUGAUCAUUCUCAUUAUCGUUGGGGUUGCAACGGCGUUUGCGGGGAUAUUUAGCCCUUGGGGAUCGACUGAUAUACUUCGGUGGACCACAAAUUAUGGACGAGAUGAGGACCUGCUCCGACUAGUAACGCCUGGGUUCGGGGAUUGCUUGCAAUACAUCCAGUUUGUGGCUCUAACUGGAGGCCUAACGCUCAAUUAUCCCGGGUUCUAUCAACCCAUCGUCAGCAAGGUUGCAUGGUCUGCCCUUAUGUUCAACCAGAGUUUUGUCAGCCAGGGGAAUGGAACUGCCAGUCUAGUUGAUGGCAUAUAUGUCACACAUGGCAGCUAUGGUCUCGACAGGCUUCGACAAUAUGUGGGCAUGAGCGAGGUGCAUGACGUUUGGGCUGGGAUGACCGUGUGGCUACUAGUGAUCCUUGGAGUUGUUUUGAUCGUCAUUCAAGUUGGAUUCCUAUUUCGUUGGGUGUAUCGGCAUAUCAACAACACUCAGGAAGAGGAUUUGAGAGCAAAGAAUUUCCCUUUCUCCGUGGGAAAUGUCAUCCGGAUGGUCUUCAACUACUUCCUCCUGCCAAUUGUUGCACUAUCCAUGUUUCAGUUAGUGGAAGCAGGGAAUCAGUCGCCUAACUUCGUUGUGGGAUUGGCAGUAACAAUGCUGGUAGUGAUAUUUGGAUUCGCUAUCUGGCUUCUCUACUUUAUCGUAUCGACAAGACCUAGGUCGUAUCUUUUCGACGACCUACCGACGGUGCUUCUUUACGGCUCCUUGUACAACACCUAUUCCGACAAUACUGCUUCCUUCGCUCUUAUCCCCGUACUACUAACAAUCGUUCGAGGGAUCGCGAUUGGAGUCGUACAACCCUCUGGGAUAGCACAGCUCGUUCUUCUCGCGAUCUGCGAGAUUAUUUUCACGCUGACCCUCCACGCCUUCCGGCCGUUCCACUCGCCGACAUCGAUGAAUGCAUUCCAUACCUUCUUCUCCGGAGUCCGACUGGCUACUGUUCUUCUGAUGGUAGCUUUUACCCCGUCGCUUGGAGUCACUGAUGGGCCGAAGGGUUGGAUCGGAUAUACUAUCCUUAUGAUGCAUGCCAUUGUAAUGAUAUUAGGAUUUCUUCUCAAUGCUAUACAGACCAUCGUGGAGGUUGCGGCUCGGAUGUUAGGCGCAGGCGGAGACGACGCUGGUGCAACCAGAGGUGGCCUGUCUAAAGUGUUCGGCAUGCGGCAACUGUCUAGACGCUUGCCUCGGCGUGAUGGGGCCUCAAGGCAAAGCCAACUAUCCAACGCCGCUAUGUUGGAUGCUGAGAAUGAUCGAAAGGCGUAUAUGAUGGAUGGCGGAAGGCUUAGGAGCCAGUCGGCUGGUAGCACUGGUGUACUCCUCAACAGACAGAGCACUGCCAUGGAAUCUAGUGGCGUUGAUCCAUUUGGAGCGAUACCUCCACACCAGCUUCCUAGUGGUUCAUACACCCCGACUACCCCAGGCGAGGCCAGUACGUUCUCAUUCUUACCUUCAGCAGCUGCUCCAUCUGGCCACACUCGGAAUCGAAACUCGGACGGAUUAGGCAGCCCAGAGCAGGCAGAACCGUGGUACUAUCGGCCCCCCAGAUUGAGACGGCCAACUGUAACUGGCUAUUCCCCAGCUGCAAGAAGCAGAGCAUCAUGGGCAAGCGGGGACUGGCCAAAUAAAGCCGGAAGUCAACGAGACUCCGGUGGUGCGGAUCUAGCCGAUGAAGGCCCAUCCAUAUCUGGGCGCAAUACACCGCUUCCCCAACAACCAUUAGAUGGCAGUCCCGAGCCCAAACGCUCAAAGGCAGAUUAUAGUACGCGUGAGGUGGACUUCUAUUAUGGCGUCCGGGGGCCAGCGCUCAAUGCCAAUGUUCCUGGUCGAAGGAUAAAAACGGGCCCGGCAGACCCUACUGGCCCUGCAGCUUCAGCGGCCGGGUGGUUUAAGAGCUUAUUUGGGGGCAAAACCAAGGAGCAGGGCAAGGGAUUUGAGGUCGUGCGUAGUGCGAGAAUGCCUCCAGGCAUGAAGCGACCUGGGGAAGAAUCGCCGCCUGAAGGUGUACCCGUUGCGACUGGAGGGGUACGCAACGGGCCUAUCGACUCAGACGAUGAAUCUGUUCGCCCACGAGCUGCAGGCGGUGACGGAUCGAUUCCUAAUGUAGAAUCCGCAGCUGAAGGCGAUAAUUUAGUCAGCCCCUUGGGGUCAGACGAUGACGAUUCCCACGAUGACCAUGAUGAUGAUUUUGAGAUGUCCAGAAUAUCAGACGUUCCCCCAAUGCUACCGGGCAUCGAACUUCCGGAGGGAGGCAUUGAGUUGCCUAGCAGGUUUCCUUCAAAGGCCACGUCAAGAGGUAGUACGAGACGGCAAAAGCCUUUAGGCCCCGACUUUGUUUCCCGUGUUCCAUCCAACAAACCUUCAGUCCCACGGAAAAGUUCCAGAAGGCAAUCUCAAAGCGUGGACCUCACCGUACCAGGCAACCAUCUCAUGCCGCAAGGACAACACCAGCACCAAACCUCCCUCGACGCGUCCAACCUGCCCUUCGAUCGCUCCAACUCCAAUGCCCGUCAAUCCACCAUCUCCUCCAAUUCAAAUUCCACCAUGAUAACGUCAGAAAACGGCCCCGAUGGGCAUUCCCGAACCCAUUCCUCGGCGCUGGGCAAAUUUUCUGCGGAUAUCCAAGGUGAUCGGCCGACAAGUAUGGGGUUUGUGAAUCAGCAUAAUAUUCGGACUAUUAAUCAGUCUGAAAACCCAGAUUUUCUGGGUACGACGGCUGAGGUUGUUGACGGCAGAAAUAGUGGGGCUUCGAGUUUAGAGGGCUCGAGAACUUAG